UUUUAGAUGCAACACAAACCUUUAAAGUGUCCAGAAGUUUUUUGUCUUUUUUUUCUUUGCUUUAAUGAACUUAAAUAAAAUGCAUAUUUAGCUCAAAGAAAAUGAACACUUUUGCCCUUUAGUUAACGUGGCACACAUUGACGUUUCCGACGCGUCAUGCGUAAAAACCCAGCGCCAAAGCCAGACGUCUUUGAAUCUGGAGUUCUCUGCUCCAACAAUGAAACAUCUGCAGAAAAGAGCUCCAGCACGAGACACACAGGUCUCUGCUGCAGGCAUCUUCACCACAAAAGCCCCUCCUCUUCUUCAGGAGCAGCCAAGAACUCUCUGCGCAAAAGACGUUAAGAUUGCGCAAAUAUUCUUGCGUAAAACACAGCGCGAGAAAGGUAAAGGGAGCAGGGAUGGGAAGCUGCAGCAGCAGGCAGUGCUCCCUCUCCAGAGUGAAGAUGUGCAACCGGUGACAGGUCAGCAGUGUUCAUCCACAGAGAGGAAGAGUUCCUGCAGAGGACAGCUGUCAGCCUCGGCUCUGCACAUCUGUCUGCAAGAAAUCCAAACGUCCAGCCCGGCUUUCCCAGUCAGGACAGUGUUCAGCACUCUGCAGAAGAAAGCGUGUGAAAGGCUGCAGGAUGUUGGAACCACGGCAGAAAAUAUAAGCUCCCUGCAGAACCACUUACAAGAGAAGAGGAAACGAGGGAAUGAAAGCUCUGAGAGGAUGCCCAAACGCCUGAGGUCUGGUCUCACAGAGGAGGCCUUUGGUACGGGUCACUGUGGCGUCCAGGAUCUCACGGUCCUCACGGUCAAGAAGCAGCCCGGAAGCAACAAGCUGAGUCGCACUCACAGACUGGGGCAGCAAAGUGGGAGCCCAGCAGGCCCGGAGCCGUUCUCUGGAUCGAUAAAUCACACUGAACCUCACAGCCAGUCACUCAAAACCUCGGAAAUCCCCCAAAGAGAUUCCAGUUUCGAGGACGUUCUCUGGACAGACAAAUACAGUCCUCAGCAUUCAAGUGAAGUCAUCGGCAACUCUGCCUCUGUGAAUAAACUGCAAAUUUGGUUGAAGAAAUGGAAACUAAGAGCUGACUGUGAAGAGAGGAGAAAAAUGGACGAGAGGAAACAGGAAAACAGCAACAGCUCGUGGGACAGUGGAGACUUCCAGGGUGAGUCUGGACCAGAGGACGACGGAGAGGAGCCGCUGUGCAACACCGUGUUGAUCACAGGACCUCCAGGUGUGGGCAAGACGGCCUCAGUGUAUGCCUGCGCUCAGGAGCUUGGCUUCAAGGUAUUUGAGGUAAACUGCUCCUCGCGGCGCAGUGGCCGCCAUGUUCUGUCCCAGCUGAAGGAAGCUACCCAGUCCCACCUGGUGGAGACGUCGGGGAAGGACCCACUGAAACCAACAUACUUCAACAACUACACCAUCAACAGCUGCACUCCCAAAUCUGAGACUUUACCCGGAAAAACAGUGCGUCUCAAAAAUGUCACCUCUACCUCAAAAAAUAGAGCAGCUCAGAAGUUUGGCCGCUCUAGUCGCAAAGGAAAAAACAAUCCAGCCACAGUCACUUUGGCCAAUUACUUUAAGAUGAAGGCCAAAGCAGAUCACGUUCACUUCGGCGGCCCAUCGCCAUCUGGAAAACCAGACGGCGAGAAAUCCAGCAACCCAUCGACGAGUUCCGACCAAACGGCGCCAAAGAACAGAAAGACAGCCACGUCACUCAUUCUGUUUGAAGAGGUUGAUGUCAUAUUCGAUGAUGACGUCGGUUUCCUGGAAGCCAUCAAGACUUUCAUGAGGACCACUAAGAGACCAGUCGUUUUGACCACCAGUGAUCCUUCAUUCAGAGAGAGAUUCAACUGCAGCUUGGAGGAGAUCAUUUUCAAAUCCCCAUCGGUGGUGAACGUCUGUAGUUACCUGCAGCUGGUGGGUUUGGCUGAGAAUGUGCGUCUGGAGUUGGACGACGUUAGCAGCUUACACAGAUUGUCCCGGGGUGAUGUGAGGCGCUGCCUGCUGCAGCUGCAGCUCUGGGUGCACAGCGGUGGAGGGCGGGCGUCUCGGAGUGGAGGCUCACUUCAGGAGCCUUCUCGUGAACAGCACCUGGGUGUUACUGAAAGAGGAAACGAUGAAGACUCCCAACAUCCUCAUUGUGACCCAGGCUGCACUGCUAGCAUGCUGGGUCUCCACCAUGUGACCCAACACCAACUGUUAAACCUACUAAAGCGUCAGUUCUGGUCUGAAAUAGACAUGAACCAGCUCCUGAGGCUCCUAGCUGAGAGCUGGAGAGGAGGCGUUCCUCUUCUCUACUCCAACCUGGAGCUUCUUCUACCCACCGGGUCCAAGGGGACUUGUCCUGGGCUGCAGAGGGAGCUGGCACCCUCUGACAGCGAUCCUCCCAUCUGGCAGCUGGAUGGAAAUGUUAGUAAAAAGGAACCAGACACCAACAGCAGAUCUGUUAAGAAAACAUCUAGACUUAGCAGAAGGAAAUGUGUCCCAGCAACGAUUGACGCCACAUCGGCUUCCAGUUUGAGGCAGCAUCCUCAAAGAGCAUCUUUAUCACCAAAGAGGGCCGCUAGUUCAAGAGACGAGACGGAAAAAACCUCAGCCAAUGUGGCGACUGACUGUUUGGAAGCCUUGACGGAUUUCUUUGACCUCAUGUCGUACCUCGACUCCACAACGCCAGCGGCUGCGGGACAGCUUGUCUCAGGCCAAUGCCGACCUGAGGCGUUUGUCUGGACAGGAGCUGAGAUUAAGGACGGCUUGUUGGAUGAGAUGAGCGAGGACGAGGAGGUGGGCGGGGUUCGGAGCCAGGAGAGGCUGUUGGAUAUCCGGGCUGCUGUUGAGGGAUUGGGGUGUCACAGGUGCUGUUGGCGAAUGUCGAGGGCGUGGACCGAAGCUCAGAAACGGACAGGAACUGGGAGACACAAGGUGGGGGGGGCUGACGGAGGGACUGAUAUUACCGGCCUCUUCAAAAGACAGAGCCUCACCUUUUGUUCUCAUCCACCCUGCACACCAAGUGUGUCCAAAAGGAGGUACGAGAUGAGCAGGAAGGUUCUUGGCAGUCCGUCCUUCAGCCUGCUGGGGAACCGACAAGCGGUCAGUGUGGACUACAUGCCGGUCCUCCGCCACAUCUGUCGCUUACAGAGAGCGCAGGAACAGAAAGAGGAGCCCGUCAGGUGUCGGAACUACCUUAGCAGCACACACCUGGGCCUCUCAAAGUCAACUAUUCAACUGCUGGCAGAAGAUUUCUCAUAGAGAACCUCAUAUACUCCAGUCAGUAUUGACCUUAAUGUGCAUUCAUUCAACCUGAAAACUAUCUCCACCUAAAUACUGUCAAAUGAAUUAAAUGCAGUUGAGAUAAGUGUUUUUAUUUACAUGUACGUUUUAUCAUGAAAAAGUAAAAUAAAACAAUAUAUUUUUCUAAA